GAGUGGGAACACGGUUGGGGGUUCUCCGGGUGGUGGGGGGUACUUUGAGGGAGGUGGCCCUUUGGCCGGGUCUCUGCCUCCCCAAGUCGGAGGGCAGGUGUUGGGGACUGGCUUUCGUGUUCCAGGGGGGAAUCUUUUCGUAGCCGUUUCCACCCUUUUUCAUCUCUGGGACGAUAGGCUUUUUAUAGACAGACUAAUGCUGGGUGAAAAAGAUUUGUUAUUGUGGUUAUUGAUGCCGAGGGAAGAUGCUGGGCUCAGGAGUCACCCAAACCGGAGUUCGAAUCCUAUUCACUCGCUGUGUGACCUUGGAAAAGACAAGCUCCUCUGAAGCAAGAAGCUGCCCUCAGCUGUGAGUCCUCGACAACAUCACUAAUGAUUACCUGGCGUUUCUGUGUCACAGGCAGGUCCUCAGGGUUUGUGCAAGUUUGCAAACAUGUUCACCGUUUCUCAGACCUCGAGAGCAUGGUUCAUCGAUAGGGCCCGUCAGGCUCGAGAGGAAAGGCUCGUGCAGAAGGAGCGGGAACGGGCAGCCGUUGAGAUUCAGGCCCACGUUCGGAGUUUCCUGUGUCGGAGUCGGCUGCAGAGAGAAAUCAGGAGAGAGAUCGAUGAGUUUUUUAAAGUAGAUGAUGCUGAGUCCAGUAAAAGAAACGCACUUUGUAUUUUUAAGAUUGCCAGGAAACUGCUGUUCCUGUUCAGAAUUAAAGAGGAUAAUGAGAGAUUUGAGAAGUUGUGUCGCUGCAUCCUGAGCAGCAUGGAUGCUGAGAAUGAACCCAAGGUGUGGUAUGUGUCCCUGGCUCUUUCCAAGGAUCUCACCCUCCUGUGGAUUAAACAGAUCAAACACAUUCUUUGGUAUUGCUGUGAGUUUCUUGAGCAGCUCAAGCCUGAAAUUUUACAGGACUCCAGACUCAUCACGCUGUACCUCACAAUGCUUGUCACCUUCACAGACACUUCAACGUGGAAAAUUCUCCGUGGAAAAGGGGAGAGUCUUCGACCAGCCAUGAACCACAUUUGUGCAAACAUCAUGGGACAUCUCAACCAGCAUGGAUUUUAUUCUGUGCUGCAGAUACUGUUAACCCGUGGCCUGGCGAGACCCCGGCCUUGUCUGUCCAAAGGCACUUUAACUGCAACCUUUUCUCUAGCGCUGCGCCCUGUGAUUGCCGCGCAGUUUUCAGACAAUCUGAUUCGGCCAUUCCUCAUCCACAUCAUGUCUGUACCCGCUCUUGUGACUCAUCUCAGCACAGUGACCCCUGAGCGCCUCACUGUUUUAGAAUCUCAUGACAUGCUUCGUAGAUUCAUCACAUUUUUAAGAAACGAAGAUCGAUGCUGUGACGUAUGUGAAAGCUUAGAAGGAUGCCAUACGCUCUGUCUAAUGGGCAACCUCCUUCACCUGGGCUCCCUCAGCCCCAGGGUGUUAGAGGAGGAGACGGACGGGUUUGUGAGUUUGCUCACCCAGAUGCUGUGCUACUGUCAGAAGUACGUGUCCCAGAAGAAAUCCAACCUGACCCACUGGCACCCUGUCCUCGGCUGGUUCUCGCAAUCUGUGGACUACGGCCUUAAUGAGUCCAUGCCCUUGAUCACCAAGCAGCUGCAGUUCCUGUGGGGGGUGCCUCUGAUCCGGAUCUUCUUCUGUGACAUCCUGAGCAAGAAGCUGCUGGAGAACCAGGAGCCAGCCCACGUGCAGCCAGCAUCCCCCCAGAAUGUGCUUCCCGUGAAGAAUCUCCUGAAGCGUGCGUUUCAGAAGUCUGCAUCCGUUCGGAAUAUUCUCAGGCCUGUUGGGGGUAAGCGUGUGGACUCUGCGGAGGUCCAGAAGGUCUGCAACAUCUGUGUCCUCUACCAGACCUCGCUGACGACUCUGACCCAGAUCCGGCUGCAGAUACUCACAGGUCUCACUUACCUUGAUGACCUGCUCCCCAAACUGUGGGCAUUUAUCUGUGAGCUGGGGCCCCACGGAGGGUUAAAGCUCUUCUUGGAAUGCCUCAACAAUGACACUGAAGAGUCCAAGCAGCUCUUGGCCAUGCUGAUGCUGUUCUGUGACUGCUCCCGGCACCUCAUCACGAUCCUUGACGACAUUGAAGUUUAUGAAGAACAGAUUUCCUUCAAACUGGAAGAGCUGGUCACCAUCUCCUCUUUCCUGAACUCCUUUGUGUUUAAGAUGAUCUGGGAUGGACUCGUAGAGAACGCCAAGGGGGAGACUUUGGAGCUGUUCCAGUCCGUGCACGGGUGGCUGAUGGUGCUGUAUGAGCGGGACUGUCGGCGCCGCUUCGCCCCUGAGGACCACUGGCUGCGCAAGGAUCUCAAGCCUAGUGUGCUCUUCCAAGAACUGGACAAGGACAGGAAACGGGCCCAGCUGAUCCUGCAGUACAUCCCUCACGUCAUUCCCCACAAAAACAGAGUUCUCCUGUUUCGAAACAUGGUCACCAAGGAGAAGGAGAAACUGGGGCUCGUGGAGACCAGCUCGGCCUCUCCCCACGUCACUCAUAUCACUAUCCGACGGUCCCGGAUGCUGGAGGACGGCUACGAGCAGCUCCGGCAGCUCUCCCAGCACGCCAUGAAGGGCGUCAUCCGCGUCAAGUUUGUCAACGACCUCGGGGUGGACGAGGCAGGCAUUGACCAGGACGGUGUCUUCAAGGAGUUCUUGGAGGAAAUCAUCAAGAGGGUGUUCGACCCAGCACUCAAUCUGUUCAAGACAACCAGCGGGGACGAGAGGCUCUACCCCUCACCCACGUCCUACAUUCACGAGAACUACCUGCAGCUCUUUGAAUUUGUGGGCAAGAUGCUGGGGAAGGCCGUGUACGAGGGAAUUGUGGUGGACGUGCCCUUCGCGUCCUUCUUCCUGAGCCAGCUGCUCGGGCACCACCACAGUAUCUUCUACAGUUCUGUGGACGAGCUUCCUUCGCUGGACUCAGAGUUCUAUAAAAACCUCACUUCCAUUAAGCGCUACGACGGGGACAUUGCUGACCUGGGCCUGACUCUGUCGUAUGACGAGGACGUCAUGGGUCAGCUUGUUUGCCAUGAACUGAUUCCUGGAGGGAAGACCAUUCCUGUUACGAAUGAAAAUAAGAUUAGCUACAUCCAUUUGAUGGCACAUUUUCGGAUGCACACCCAAAUAAAAAACCAGACAGCUGCCCUCAUUAGCGGAUUCCGCUCCAUUAUCAAGCCCGAGUGGACUCGGAUGUUCUCAACCCCUGAGCUACAGCGUCUCAUCUCCGGUGACAAUGCUGAGAUUGAUCUGGAAGAUUUAAAGAAGCACACAGUGUACUACGGUGGCUUUCAUGGAAGUCACAGGGUCAUCAUCUGGCUGUGGGAUAUUCUGGCCUCUGACUUCACACCCGACGAGAGAGCCAUGUUUCUGAAGUUUGUGACCAGCUGCUCCAGGCCCCCGCUCCUGGGAUUCGCCUACCUCAAGCCUCCCUUCUCCAUCCGCUGUGUCGAAGUGUCAGAUGAUCAGGACACGGGGGACACCCUGGGCAGUGUCCUCCGGGGCUUCUUCACCAUCCGCAAGCGGGAGCCGGGCGGCCGUCUGCCCACCUCCUCCACCUGCUUCAACCUGCUCAAGCUGCCUAACUACAGCAAGAAGAGCGUCCUCCGGGAGAAGCUGCGCUAUGCCAUCAGCAUGAACACGGGCUUCGAGCUCUCCUAGUUCCCCGCUCCCGCCACCUGCCCUGGCCAACUCCUGGGGUCCCAGGGACCUUCAGCUCCAGGGGGCAGGGUCACCCUGGGAGUGGGUGACCCACAGGCCGGGUGACCUCUCACUCUCUAUAGCCAUGAGACUCCCCUGUGGCCUCAACUACUUGGGACGCACAUGACGACUCCAUAGCAUUCUCCAGGUGACACUGAUGGGAAGGGUGUUGAGAAUAAACCUCCAGGUUCUGCCCGCACUGAUCCUUUUCUCCU